AAGAAAUGCAUAGAACAUUUUAAAGAAGUGAACAGGGAAGGGUUGCAAUAGACUUAAAUGAGACAAUUUUUCUUAAAUGAGAAGGUAGAGUCCACACUAGAGGCUUAGUAACUACUAGCUAGUUUGUGUUGAAAUGUUGUGAAAAUCAAAACGUUUCUGAUUUAAACUUAUUUUACAAAACAUAAAAAUACGUUUUUAUUAAAUAGAAUACUACCUAAUUAUGAAUAACAUAAUAGGCAUUACAUAUUUUAAAUUAAACAAGAUUGAUAAAAUGGUAAUCAAAAACAAUACAGCAUAAUAAAAUCAUUAUUAAUGACAUGUUAUACGUGAUUUCAUUUUACUGCCAACGGCCAAUAAAAUAAUUAAGAUGAUUUUAUUUUGACAUGCACAACUCAGCCAGAUGGAUGCACACACGGAGGCGCGCUAUUGAUUUUGCUAUUUUGUUCCUACAGUUACUCCUGACAGGAGGCUUCCGUAAAUAUUUACAUUAUACGUAACGUUACGCUUCAACUAAAAUGAAUGGUUCAACUCAAAAAUAUUUAAAGUGCUUAAGUUCUAACUUACGUACAGCUGGAGCAACCGGCCCCUGAUCUUUAACAAACAACGGUAGAAGAUAUGUUGAGCCUGAAGUACAUUAUAAUGAACCGACUCUUCAAAUUGUAACACUAAACACGUAAUGGAGUCCACCAUACGGGCAAAAAAGAAUCACGUUGAGAUGGAGACAGAGAAGAGCUCGGAGCCUGUGAACGGUCAGCACUGUGAUAUUAAAGGGAGCAUCACCAGCGGUGACGUAAACACAGAUGAUCCUUUUAAGAAACCUGCUAUUUUUGCGGCCCCGUCCUUCUCGGUUAAGAAAUUAGGUGGGUUAAGCUCGGUGGAGAGACCGGCAGAAGGUCCAAACAGCAGCAAAGAUUAUAAUAUUGAACAUGGCCAAUCACCUUCAGAGCCCAAAGAUAGAAAACAAGAUCCAAAAAAGUGUCCAUCGGACGAGAGAACAGACGGCUCAAAGCUCCGUGUGGAUCAUCCUAAAUCAAAAGACAUCAGAUCAAAAAUCACAGCCAGAUUACCCCCGAUGGGUAAAUUUCCCCCAUUGCCGUACACGGAACCUCCAUGGGGAUCCGUUCCUGACGUCUCGUAUUCGUUUGAGCUGCUUAAAAACGGUGCAAUUUUGGACACUGUGCCUAUGUCUCAGAGAAGUUAUUUUGUGGUGGGUAGACUGCCGGUGUGUGAUGUGUCACUGGAGCAUCCGUCCAUUUCCCGCUAUCACGCUGUGCUGCAGUUCCGGGGACUAGCAGGACAGUAUGGAGAGGUGGGAGAGGAGAGGGGCUUCUUUGUCUAUGAUUUGGGCAGCACUCAUGGGACUUUUGUCAAUAAGAGCAAGAUACCACCUAAAACAUAUAUAAGGAUCCAUGUUGGAUACGUGCUGAAGUUUGGGGGAAGCACCAGGCUCUUUAUCUUACAGGGUCCAGAGUUUGAUGAGGAAGCACAAUCUGAACUGACUGUAACAGAGCUCAGGGAGCGGGCCAGGAAACAGAGAGAAGAACUUGAAAAAAGAAUGACGGGUGAUGGAUCUGAUGAGGAAGAGGAGAAAGAGGAGAGUGAAGCCACUGCUUUAGAAAGAAGCUCCUCUCAAGAGACUGGCUGCUUAUGGGGAAUGGCUGAAGAGGCAAUGCCAGAAGAGGAUGAAAAUGAGGAGAAUCCAUUUGCAGCUGAGUUUCACGAGGAUCAGGAAGCAGCAUACCUUAAAGAUCCUAAAAAAGCCCUACAGGGCUUCUAUGACAGAGAAGGAGAAGAAUUAGAAUUUGAAUAUGAAGACAAAAGCCAUGGUACCUGGCUCUGCAGAAUUAGGUUACCCGUGGAUGAUGCAGUGGGUAGACAGUUGGUGGCUGAGGUCACCCAUUUAGGGAAAAAGAAAGAAGCAGCAAUCCAAUGUUGUCUAGAGGCGUGCCGUAUCUUAGAGGCCCGUGGUCUUCUUAGACAGGAGGCAGUUUCUCGGAAACGCAAGAAGAAAAACUGGGAGGAUGAAGAUUAUUAUGACAGUGAUGAUGACACGUUCCUGGACCGGACUGGUGCAGUGGAGCGGAAGAGGACUGAUCGUAUGAAGAAGGCCGGAAAAAUUCAAGAAAAUCCUGAUACCCAUGAAUCACUGUUGUCAAAACUGGCAGAGGUUGAGAAAGAGCUGGCUAACACUGAAAAGAAGCUUGGUUCUUCUGGAAAAGGCAGCUCCAGCUCUUCUUCAGAGGACCCACUUGAAGCAUUCAUGAGUGCUGUUCGUAGUGAGGCAACUCUGGAUGGAGUGGAAAGAAAGAAACUCCAUUUACAUGUGGCUGAGCUAAAGAAGGAGGGUCAGAGACUGCAUAAACUGGUGGAGCUCACCAAACCUACCCAGCUGCCUUCACUACAGCCCUUUGGAUCUAGUAGUAAAGCUACAGUCAGUGUCAAGAAGUUAUCACUUCCCAUGUUUGGAGCCAUGAAGGGAGGAAGUAAAUUCAAACUGAAGACUGGAACUAUAGGAAAUUUACCCCCAAAGCGAACCACUCUGCCCCCUGAGCUUUUCAACAUGAAGGAGCUUCCCCCUGGUGGAGAGGAAGAGAAUGAUGAAGAACAGGAAUAUGAGAACACAGAAGACACAGAAACAGAUUGUGAUCAGGAGGUUAUUCAGUCUACAGAGAGGGGCAGUCCUGCAGACUCUGAAACUCACACAUACCACCAUAAUGACAUAGAAGACGAAGAUAACCAGCCUGAUAAGUCAGUAACAUCUCAUGUAAAAAAGAAAGACAAAUCUGUUCAUCUACAAAGUGAGAAGGCCCCUCCUCCAAAAGAGGGAUUUGACAAUAAUGUCUCUAAUGUCCAGAGUUCAAAGAAUCUGAAGAUGAAAGUAAUAGGACCAAGCAGGCCACCUGUGACCAUGUCCAAGCAGUACCCAGAAGAUGAUCCUGACUACUGCAUCUGGGUUCCUCCAGCAGGUCAGACUGGUGAUGGUAGGACACAUCUGAAUGAUAAGUAUGGCUACUGAGCACAGAAAAGGAAGACCAUCCUCACUAAAAUGAAAUAUGCUUAUCUCUUCAUCUUAGUAUUGAGAGAAAUGGUGCACCAUAUCAAUCUCUUUCCUCUUUAUACCUCAUCUCAUGGAACUGUCACAAGUAGCUCAAAUGCGCUCAAAAUGUUUUUAGAUGUUUUCAAGCAUUUUUGUUUUCUGACUUUAUUUCCUUUCUCACAACAUUUUUAGCCUGGGGUCAUGAACAAAGAUAGGAUGGAUAUUGUAUUUUAGGUGAGGUUCCUUCAGGUUGAGGUCAGGUAAUUUUGAUAUUCUGGGUUGCUUUUGUGGAAAAGUAUUGAUUGACACACAGUUUUUUUCUGGAUUUGGGAACUGGCAUAACAAACGUGUCCUGCAUUGCAUGAAUGACUUGUUCUACAGCCUGCUCAUCAAGCAAGAAACCAUAGGCUGCCAGCAUCUGUUCACUUAAACAGUGAAACUACUAAUGCACCAGAACAUUUAUGUUAAAGCACUGUACUAUCAAACAACCUGUUGACAAAUUUCUAUCCACAGUUUGCUGUUCUGUGAUUAGUUUAAUAAACUAAAGAGGGAUCUGUGAAUAUUCAGUUCUCUGUUCUGGGUCACUCAGAGCAAUUGUAGACUGUGUUAAUGAGAAAGGGAGUAAGUUUAGGGCACUGUGCGCGUGUUCUUUUUCUUGGACUUAUUGAAGAGUGACUCAGUAUUGGGGAUGUAAUGUGCAGGUGUGUAAGAUAUGGAUUAGGCCCCUCCACAAAUGCUCCUAAACACUAGUCGAUCUGCUUAUGCUCUUCAAUUCUCCAUUGUUAGAAAAUAGAUUAUCCUCAAACAUAUUGUGUAUUUUGUGACUUGUCUUUUGCAAAAAAAAAAUGUUUGGUAUCUACUGCAAAGAUGGUUUUAAGUGUUUUUGUAUUUUGAUAUGCGCUCGCUUGUGUAAUAAAAAAUAAUAAUUGUGAA